AUGGUGAAGUUCUCUAAACAGUUUGAGGGUCAGCUUGUCCCUGAAUGGAAAGAGGCCUUUGUUGAUUACUGGCAACUCAAGAAGGAUCUCAAGAAAAUGCAUUUCCCUAACGAUAACUCCACCCCCUCCAAGCAUCAACACAGCUCCUUAGCUCACACCUUCUUCUCCCCUCUAAAGAAGUUCUCUUUUUAUGGCCAUCAUCACAGAGAGCAUGGACCAAUCCAAGUUCAUAAGAAGCUGGCUUCUUCGGAUAGUAAUGGGGACAUGUAUGAGACUGAACUGCUGGAGCAGUUCGCUGAUACAGAUGCUGCCAAGGAUUUCUUUGCAUGCCUAGAUCUCCAGCUUAACAAAGUCAAUGACUUUUACAAGAGGAAGGAGAAAGAAUUCAUUAAGAGAGGAGAGUCACUGAAGAAACAGAUGGAAAUUCUCGUUGAGCUCAAAGCCGCGCUCAAACAACAAAGAGAGAAAGAAAACUCUGCUGAGGACUCGAAAGAGGAUCCCUCCAUCUCAUGCACAAUCUCCUGUGACGAUGAGUCUAUUAAGGACAUGACAGAGCAGGAACAUCUUCAAGACAACUCCAUGGCUGAAUUUGAAAGAAAUGAAAUGCAAUUCUCAGAAUCUCCAAGAUCAGAUGAGAUUGGAAAAUCAAUUAGGAUGAAGAGAGAGGAAGGAAGGAUGAGAACCCUUUCAGGUCGUGUGAUCGAUUGCCAAGGAAAGAAUGUGAAGAUAAGCAUCCCACUAACGACGCCUAGUCGUACCCUCUCAGCGAUCACUUACUUGGUUUGGGAUGAUUUGAUUAACCAGUCUAAGAAAGGUGGACCAGAAGGAAAUAAUAAGUUAAAAAUCAAUAAAAAGAAGCUACAUCAUGCCGAGAAAAUGAUCAGAGGAGCUUUCACUGAGCUCUAUAAAGGGUUGGGUUACCUGAAAACUUACAGACACUUGAAUAUGCUUGCUUUUGUAAAGAUACUGAAGAAAUUUGAUAAAGUUACUGAGAAACAAGUUCUACCCAUCUAUCUCAAAGUGGUUGAGAGCUCCUAUUUCAGCAGCUCAGACAAGGUGGUCAAGUUAGCUGAUGAAGUUGAGGAGCUUUUUAUUAAGCACUUUGCUGAAGAUGGCCGAAGAAAGGCCAUGAAAUAUCUUAAGCCACACCAGCAUAAAGAAUCUCAUGCUGUAACCUUCUUCAUUGGGCUCUUCACUGGAUGUUUUAUAGCACUCUUGGCUGGAUAUGUCAUCAUGGCGCAUAUCACCAAGAUGUACACUCAGGAAACAGAUACAGUAUACAUGGAAACUGUUUAUCCUGUUCUGAGCAUGUUCAGCCUUCUAUUUCUGCACUUCUUCUUGUAUGGUUGCAACAUUUUCAUGUGGAGAAAGACUCGCAUAAACUACAGCUUUAUAUUUGAACUUGCCCCUACUAAGGAGCUGAAAUACAGAGAUGUGUUCUUGAUCUGUACCACAUCAAUGACUGUGGUAGUGGGGAUCAUGUUUGUCCACUUGUCCCUUAUUGCAAGGGGGUACUCGUCGACUGAAGUUCAAGCAAUACCUGGCCUUCUGCUACUGAUUUUUUUGAUAUUGCUUGUGUGUCCUUUCAACAUCUUCUAUCAAACGACUCGGCUUUGUUUCCUCCGAAUGAUGAGGAAUAUCAUCUUAUCACCUCUUUACAAGGUUGUCAUGCUGGACUUCUUCAUGGCUGAUCAACUCUGUAGUCAGGUGCCAAUGCUUAGGAACCUAGAGUAUGUUGCAUGUUACUACAUAACUGGAAGUUACAGGACUCAGGACUAUGGGUUUUGCAUGAGGACCAAGCAUUACAGGGAUCUGGCUUAUGCUGUUUCCUUCCUGCCUUACUACUGGAGAGCAAUGCAGUGUGCUAGGAGAUACUUUGAUGAAGGACAGAUAAGCCACCUUGUCAAUCUAGGCAAAUAUGUAUCAGCAAUGUUGGCAGCCGGUGCAAAAUUGGCAUAUGAGAAAGAACAGAGCAUUGGAUAUCUUUGUUUAGUUGUGAUCAUCUCAAGUGUUGCAACUGUAUAUCAAUUGUACUGGGACUUUGUAAAGGAUUGGGGUUUGCUACAGUUUCACUCCAAAAACCCAUGGCUAAGGAAUGAAUUGAUGCUCCGACGAAAGAUCAUUUACUUCAUAUCCAUGGGUCUCAACCUCAUUCUAAGGCUUGCUUGGUUACAAACGGUUCUCCAUUCCAACCUUGGCAGUGUUGACUAUAGAGUAACUGGGCUGUUUUUAGCAGCCCUCGAAGUGAUUCGACGUGGCCAAUGGAAUUUCUACAGGUUGGAGAAUGAGCAUUUAAAUAAUGCUGGGAAGUUCAGAGCUGUCAAGACUGUGCCACUUCCCUUUCAUGAAGUGGAUGAUGAAGAUUAAAUGCCCUUCUCAGAUACCUUCUUUCUUACAAAGAACUCUAUGCGCCAUGGAUAUUCCUUGUGUCAUUGUACAAGUUGACAAGUCUUGCUCUUGUUGGCAUCUUCUUGUUUCAUACAUGUAUACAGAAAUCCCUUCAACAAGUGUAUGAAAGUGAUACAGCAUCACCUUGUUAAUACCUAGUUAACACCUUUCUGCCUUUUUCUUUUCC